CAAAAGACCAAACAUCCUCCGUUGUAUUAUCUUCAAGCCCCCAUUCUCAUAGAUAGAAAGGAAACAAACAAAUACAAAACCAGUCACUGGGCGUGGAUCUUGGUCUUGGUGUUGGGGCUUUAAUUACUAUGCUGAUGUGAGAAAGGAAUUGUAGGUAAUCAACGUGUGUUAUCUCUCCUCCCACACAAUAUUUGUGAAAAUUCUUUGGAACCGGACUCCUUCAGUUAAUGAGCCUAAACACACUAAUCUGCUGGAAGAUAUGAGAGUUCUUUGGAAGGUGACAGCUACAGAUAGUGAUUGCAAAAUGAGUGACAUGCUAGAGGUGGCAACAGUUGUAUAAUAUCCAUGUGCUAUAGAUACGACCCAACCAUAACUCCCACAAAGCGGUGUGUAUAUAAAGAGAAGGGUGAGUGUCACUUCAACACAUACGUCAAGCGUUCAUCCGAGGAGCCUGAGUGGAUCCCUCUGCCUCGCAAGUGUGAAAAUGGUGAAAUACGAAGUGACCGUAUUCACCACCGACGUGGCCGACGCCGUCACUUUUAACGACGUCUUCAUCAAGCUGGUGGGCACCGACGGGGAGAGUGACCGCAUCUGGCUGGAUAGAUAUAAAGGAGCGCUGUCUUUCGUCAGAGGAGCAGACUCGACUUUCACCGUGUCCUGCCCCGUCUCUAUUGGAUCGCUGGUCCUGAUAGAGCUUGAUAAACAGUCUCCCAGCAUCUUCCCCCAAGAUGCUUGGUUCCCUGCCAAGGUGGAAGUGAAGUCCCCCGAGGGUAAAACCUACAAGUUUCCCAUCCAUCGCUGGAUCGCUGACAGUGCGGUGCACCGCUUCAGGGAGGCGAAAGCUCUGAGAAUCUUCGAGGAUGACAACGAUCUAGGCAGAUACAGUCGGAUGCAGGAGCUGAAGCAGCGAGAGGAAGACUACCGCUGGGACGAGUAUCUGGAGGGGAUCCCCCACCGUAUGAAGGCAAAGUGCCUUUUUUCUCUACCUUAUGAGGUCUGGUUCUCCUUCACUAAAGCUGCAGAGUUUAUCUACACAGAAGCCACUGGGCUGCUCGAGUUGCAGCUGAAGGGAUUAUCUGGUUGCAAGAAGAACUGGCCUGAUAUUAUUUCUAUCCAUCAGGUGUUCUGCUGCAAAAACACGGCCAUAUCAGAUUAUGUCCAGGAUAAUUGGAAGGAAGAUUGUUUCUUUGGCUACCAAUUUCUAAACGGGGCCAACCCCAUGAUGAUCCAACGUUGUUCAGUCCUGCCUGAUAACUUUCCUGUCUCCCUCGAGUAUCGGAGCUUGGCGGAUGAAAUGAAGAAAGGAAACAUAUUCCUGUGUGACUACAAGCGUCUGGAUGGACUGAAACCAAACGUCAUCAACGGGAAGAAGCAGUACUUGAUGGCUCCCCUGGUCCUGCUGCAAAAAACAAGCAAUGAUAAGCUGAUGCCAAUUGCUAUUCAGCUGAAGCAAAUUCCCGCAGAGGAUAAUCCCAUCUUUUUUCCCACCGACGGGUUUGACUGGUUGUUGGCCAAAGUUUUUGUGAGAAGUGCCGAUUUCAACGAGCAUCAACUCGGGUCUCACCUGCUGCGCACUCAUUUGCUAGCUGAAGUGUUCGCCGUGUCCCUGCUGCGCAACGUGCCCAUGGUGCAUCCGCUCUACAAGCUCCUUGCACCUCACACUCGCUACACUAUACAGAUCAACUACCUAGCUCGGGACUUUCUGAUAUCUGAGUCUGGAGUUUUCCCACAGAUUGCAGCUGCUGGGGGAGACGACAUGAAGACCCUCCUGAAGAGAUUGUGGUCCUCGGUGACCUACAGCUCCCUCUGCAUUCCAGACGACAUCGUUGAGCGCGGGCUGGAGGCCGUGCCCAACUUCUACUACAGAGACGAUGGACUCAGGCUUUGGAAUAUCAUCCACAGUUUUGUGAACGACGUGCUGAGCUUCUACUACAAGAAUGAUGCUGAGGUCCAGAAGGACUCGGAGCUGCAGAAGUGGAUUUCAGACAUCUUUGAACAUGGAUUCCAUUCCCAACCCGGCACAGGAAUUCCCCAGAGCUUUGCCACCGUGGCUGAUUUGGUGAAGUUUGUCACCAUGGUGAUCUUCACUUGCUCGGGACAGCACUCGGCGGUGAACAGUGGACAGUUUGACUACGGCGGCUGGAUGCCCAACAAUCCCAGCUCCCUACAACAACCUCCGCCCACCACAAAGGGGACAACAAGCGAGGCCACGCUGCUGCAGACUUUACCUGACGUCAACACGACGGUUAAGGGAAUGUCCACCUUGUGGCUGCUCAGCAAGCAGUCCACUGACUUUGUCCCUCUUGGCCAGUACCCAGAGGAACACUUUGGUGAGAAACAACCCUGCAAGCUGAUAAAGCGCUUUCAAGCAGAGCUUAAAGUGCUAACAGCUGAGAUCAAAGUCGAAAACCUGAAACGCGAGAUCCCCUACACAUACCUGGAUCCACUGGUAGCAGAAAAUAGUGUGAGCAUUUGAAUAUCAGAAGGUGUGAUCUCCUCAGAUGUCGGGCCAAAUUCUUCUUCACAUUAACAAAAACUAGAAAGGGAAGAACUGCAUGUUCUGUCUUUUUAUGGAAUGAAACGGUGCAUGUGUUUGUUGAAUGCUGAUCAAUGAAUUUACAAUUUUGUAUCACCGUACACGUACAUCUUGGUUCUUCAAUGAAUAUUCUCUGAAGAAAAUAAAUAUUUCUGUUCAUAAGCAACCUUU